AUGAGGCCGAUUCUACUUCAGGGCCACGAGCGUGCGCUGACGCAGGUAAAGUUCUCCAAAGAGGGCGAUCUUCUUUUUUCCGUCUCGAAAGACCACGUCGUGUGCGCGUGGUAUACAGCCAACGGCGAGCGAUUCGGCACCUACAAGGGUCAUCAGGGUGCUCUCUGGACCGUCGAUGUCGACCCGACCACCACCAUCCUCGCUUCUGGCGGCGCCGACAACACCAUCCGGCUCUGGGAGGUCAAGACGGGCAGACUGUUGAAGACGUGGGAAUUUGGUACAGCCAUCAAGCGCGUGGAGUUCUCUGAGGAUGGAAGACAGCUACUAGGUGUGACGGAGAAGCGACAAGGACAGCUCAGCUCUGUCUURGUCUACGACAUCAACCAGGACCCAGAAGGCGAGCAGGCGGAGACUUACAGUCUGCGCAUCGUUGUCGACGACAUUCCCAAGGUCACAGUCGCCGGCUUUUCUUACAUGAAUCACUUCAUCAUCACUGGCCACGAGGAYGGUAGUGUAACACAGUACGAUGCCAAGAGCGGCGAGGAGCUCUCUCACACCUUCCCACACGAGGAGGGACAGCCCGUCACCGAUCUCCAAUGGAGCUCCGACCGGACAUACUUCAUCACCUCAUCCAAGGACAAGACCGCCAAGCUCAUCGACGCGAAGACCCUGGAUGUGCUCAAGACCUACGUUGCCGACACCCCUCUCAACAGUGCAGCAAUCACACCCGAGCCAACAAACUAUGUCAUCCUAGGAGGUGGWCAGGCUGCCAUGGACGUCACAACAACUUCCGCACGACAAGGAAAAUUCGAGGCGAGGUUCUAUCACAAAAUCUUCGAGGAGGAGAUUGGCAGAGUCCGUGGUCACUUCGGUCCUUUGAACUAUGUCGCCGUGGACCCUACCGGAAAGUGCUACUGCAGUGGAGGAGAGGAUGGAUACGUUCGUGUGCACCACUUCGACCCUCCUUACUUUGACUUCAAAUUUGAGGUGGAGCGUGAGAAGGAGCGCGAGGGACGGAUGUAA